AUGGCCAAAUAUACUAUGCAGCGUAGACUCAACCGAUCAACGGCGCAUCGGGCGGCUCUAUUGCGAAACCUCGUAACUUCUUUAUUCGAGCACGAAUCAAUUUCAACCACUUGGCAUAAAGCGAAAGAGGCCCAAAGGUUGGCCGAGAAGUGCGUGACUUUGGCUAAAAAGGGCACAGAGGCUGCCAAAGUCCAAGCGGGUGGCACCCUCUACAAACGAGAUAUAAUUCCGAAGCUAUUUGGUCCCAUUGCGGAAAGAUAUAGGGACCGCCCUGGAGGCUAUACUCGUGUGCUGCGGAUAGAACCCCUCGCGACUGACCAGGCACCCUCUGCUAUCCUCGAGUUGGUCGACGGCCCAAAAGACAUGCGAUUUGCCAUGACAGCAGCCACUAUCGCGAGGUGUUCUUCGGAGGAUAAGGAACUUAAUGAGAUCACUCUCAAGAAUAUCAAAAAGGUUACACGGUUUAGAAAGGAUGGAGAAAGGAAAUUGAGCGAAAUGGUGGAAAAGUUUAGUAAAUGCUAA